AUAAAACAUAUGUCACUGUAGUUUUUGUUUCAAAUUUGGUUUCAGCUCUUCAUUUUUGGACACUCUUUUAGAGUUAACAAAAUUGGCAGACGCUAUCACUUAAUAUUAAAUCAACAAAUAGUACAUUUUCUUUAAAAUUAGUGAUCACCAAAUUUAAAGCCUUCAUAAAGUAAGAUCCGAAGAUUGGGAAAAGGUCUCUCAGAAGCGGUUUAGAGUCAGAGUAUAGUUAAACUAAAUUUCAGCAAAAUUAUUGAGAGUUGACGAAUAGAAAUUUGCAAACAUUUUACUGGCCUGUAUUUCCAUUUAAAUCUGUUAAAUAAAAAUGGAAGAUAUGAAUAAUUUAAAACUCAAUAUCAAAACAGUUGAAGGUGAAACCCUUACUAUUGAUAUUGUUAAAGAUGACUCAAACUGGGACUUAAAGGUUAAUGUGCUGAAACGCUCCAAGAGUAAAAGUCGCUUCAUUAAUAAAUUGAUCUUUGAUGGAGAAUGUGAAGACAAUAGUAUUGUUUUCAUCGACCCCAAUGAAAAUGAUAAAACCCAUAGCCCAUUUCCUAAAUUAAGUGAACCAUCAGAAGAAAUCACAACAUUUACUUAUAAGAUACCUAGGAUGACUUCAGAACCAACUACUUCUCAAGCAGCUGCAAAACUUAAAGAACAUUAUAGCAUAGUUGCAAUUAAAGAACCGCCUAAGGCUAAUUACGCUGCAAAUGGUGGAUCAUCAUUUGAUUCGAGUGAGGAAGACAUUAGAUAUUUUUUUAAAGAUUUCGCUCAAGGUAUCCGAAAAGAUAAUAAAGAAGAGGAGAACUCUAAUACAUCUAUUAAGUUACUUAUGCGUCCAAAGGAUCUUACUUAUGGUUUUACUCAUAGUCCAACCCAGUUAAACAUUAACAAAGAAAUCGAAAGGAAUAAGAUGACUAUUGAAAGAAAAUGUUACGGUCACACACCACUUAUGGUGUAUGACGUAAAUGUUGAGGAUCCUUUAGAAGCUCUUCGUACUAAUAAAUUUUUUAUAAAAAUGCUGCCAGAAAUGAAACGUACUCCAGAAAUAAUUGGUGCAGUUUUACGUAAAAUCUGUAAUGAAUGUCCGCCCAUGUUAAGCAUUAUACGUGAUAACGAGAAAGCUGUCUUGGCUAUGCUUAUUGAUGACUUGAUUCCAUUGGUUGAGAAACAUUCAGAAUGAUGCGUUUAAGCUAUGUAAAAGAUGGACCAAAACUGUUGAGAUGUUGUUGGAGACAAUUAAAAAUUUAUUUAAAAAGUUAUGGAUCAAGACUGUACCCACCAUCGAAUUGAUGCGAAUAUGAAAUAUUUAUUUAUGGCAAAGCUUGACACGAAGAAAAAUUUGUAAAUGUUUUAA